UCCUGACGGCAGUCCCACCAUGCAGUGGCUGAUGAGGUUGCGGGCUCUCCAAGGAAUCCGAAAAUCCUUCCGCGGUUUCCAGGCUGCCCCUUGGCAUCUGCACUGCCGCCGGGUCACAGGAGUUGGAGUCCCAAAAUGGAACGACUUCGACAGGCCUGAGGAAUUUAACUUUGCAAGCGAUGUGCUCGACUACUGGGCUCAAAUGGAGCAGGAGGGUAAGAGAGAUGGAAACCCGGCCCUGUGGUGGGUGAAUGGCAAAGGAGACGAGGUGAAGUGGAGCUUCACAGAAGUCACCAGCUUAACCCGCCAGGUAGCCAACGUCUUCACUCAGACCUGUGGCCUGCGCAAGGGAGAUUUCCUGGCCUUGAUUCUACCUCGGGUGCCGGAGUGGUACCUGGUGGCUGUAGGCUGCAUACGAGCAGGCAUUGUCUUCAUGCCCGGGACUACCCAGCUGAAAGCCAAGGAUAUCCUCUACCGACUACAAUCGUCAAAAGCCAAGGCCAUCGUGACCAUAGAUGCCCUUGCCCCAGAGGUGGACUCGGUGGCUGCCGAGUGUCCUGCUUUGAAAGUCAAGCUCCUGGUGUCCAGCCACAGCAGAGAUGGGUGGCUGAACUUGCGGUCACUGAUGCGGUCUGCAUCCCCGGAUCACACCUGUAUCAAGUCCAAGACCACAGACUCCAUGACCGUCUUCUUCACCAGCGGCACCACGGGCCUCCCCAAGAUGGCAAAGCAUAGCCACUCAUUGGCCUUACGCUCUUACCUCCCUAUGUGCAGGACAGUGCAUCAGCUGAAGCCGUCCGAUAUCUCCUGGUGUGUAUCAGAUCCUGGCUGGAUUCUGGCAACUGUGGGCUCCCUGCUGGAACCCUGGACAGCAGGGUCUACCAUCUUCAUCCAUCUUCUGACCCAGUUUGACACCAAGGUCGUGGUAGAGACAUUAUCCAAAUACCCCAUCACCCACAUUAUCGCUGCACCAGCUGUGUUUCGAAUGAUUCUGCAGCAGAAAUUUACCAGUCUCAGGUUCCCCACGCUGAGGCACUGCUCUGCUGGCGGGGAGUCCCUGCUGCCAGAGGAGCAGGAAAAGUGGACGAAACAGACGGGCAUCCCAAUUCAUGAGAUCUACGGCCAGUCAGAAAUAGGAUUAUGCUGUGCUGUGGCCCGGGGAAUGAAGAUCAAGGCAGGAUCCAUGGGGAAGGCCAUCGCACCCUUCGACGUCCAGAUCAUCGACGACAAUGGCAACAUCCUGCCGCCCAACACUGAAGGGAGUAUCGGUGUCAGAAUAAAGCCCUUCAGGCCUGCGGGCGUCUUUGUCUGUUACGAGAACAACCCGGAGAAAACAGCCAAAGUGGAAUGCGGGGACUUCUACAACACCGGGGACAGAGCCAAGAUGGACGAGGAGGGUUACUUCUGGUUCCUGGGCCGGGACGAUGACGUCAUCAACGCCUCCGGGUACCGCAUCGGGCCGUCCGAGGUGGAGAACGCCCUGGCGGAGCACCCAGCCGUAGCGGAGUCUGCCGUGGUGAGCAGCCCGGACCCGGCUCGAGGGGAGGUGGUGAAGGCGUUCAUCGUCCUGCACCCACAGUUCCAGUCCCACGACAAGCAGCAGCUCAUCAAGCAGCUGCAGGAACACGUGAAGGCCGUGACGGCGCCCUAUAAGUACCCACGGAAGGUAGAGUUCGUCCCAGAGCUGCCCAAAACCAUCACUGGCAAGAUUAAGAGGGACACUCUUCGCAAACAGGAGUAUGGUCAGCUGUGAUGGGGACAGAGCCGGAACCCACCCACACCGUGUGACCUCGGACCCAUCCCUGGCUGCCUCAGUGUCCCCCAUGUGGUCGGGAUGAAG